GAACUGCGCCACCAAGAAACGACGAACGUGCAUCGAGACCUGCACCGAUUGCGCUUUAUAAGGCUUGCGCCCAGGCAUGUCGGGUAACCUCCCACCCACCGCUGCCAUGUCUGACUACGAGAAAGCCUCAAGCGCAGACUCUGUCAAAAACAACGUCGGAGGAGCGAUGUCUCUCGAUGAGCACAGAAGAGCAGCUCUCGCCGAGGUCGACAACGCCAAGUUCUCCUGGUUCCACGUUAAGGUCUGUGCUGUGGCUGGUGUAGGUUUCUUCACCGAUGCCUAUGAUAUCUUUGCCAUCAACAUCGCCUCAACGAUGUUAGGCUAUGUCUACGGCAAAGCUUCAAGCACGACCAAAAUAGGAACAGAAGCGCUGAAUGCUGACCAGUCACUCGGUGUAAAGGUUGCGACUCCCGUUGGCACUCUUGUCGGCCAGCUUCUUUUUGGUUGGUUGGCUGAUAGGGUAGGUCGCAAACGGAUGUACGGCGUCGAGCUAAUGAUCAUCAUCAUCGCUACUUUCGCUCAAGCCCUCUCUGCAAACGGCCAUGCCAUCGGUAUCAUCGGUGUCCUCGUUGUGUGGCGUUUCCUCAUGGGAGUCGGAAUUGGAGGCGAUUACCCUCUGAGUGCUGUCAUUUCCUCCGAAUUCGCCUCCACCAGGAUACGUGGUAGAAUGAUGACCGCAGUGUUCGCUUGCCAGGGCUGGGGCAACUUUGCUGCUGCUCUCGUUGCCUUCAUCAUCACUGCCGCCUAUAAAGAUUCCAUCCUUAAUCAUGAUAUAACAUCUGGUCCCGACCGCUGGAACUCUAUCGACAAAGCGUGGCGUAUUCUUAUCGGUCUCGGCUGCGUUCCCGGAGUAAUCGCUCUCUAUUUCCGUCUUACCAUCCCUGAAACUCCCCGUUUCACCAUGGAUAUCGAACGCAAUAUCCAACAGGCCUCCAAGGACAUUGAGGGAGUUCUCACUGUUGGAUACUCCAAGGCCGAUCCCGAUGCUGUCGUCCAAAAAGUGGAGGCUCCCCGCGCUACGUGGGCUGACUUCCGUGCUCACUUCUCCAAGUGGGAAAAUUUCAAAGUUCUGUUUGGCUGCGCGUACAGUUGGUUUGCACUCGAUAUCGCCUUCUAUGGUCUUGGUUUGAACUCCAGUAUCAUCUUGCAAACCAUCAAUUUCGGUACACCCACCACCGCCGGGACGGUCCGUGGUGUCUAUGACAACUUGAAGAACAUUUGUGUCGGAAAUCUCAUCCUUUCGGCUGCCGGUCUCAUCCCCGGAUACUGGGUCGCCUUCUUGUUCAUCGAUUCCUGGGGUCGCAAGCCCAUCCAACUCUUGGGUUUUGUCAUGCUUACGAUCAUUUUUGUCAUCAUGGGCUUCGGGUUCGAUGCUCUCAACAAGACUACUAGUGCCAAGAAUGCCUUCGUGUUCUUGUACUGUCUCGCCAACUUCUUCCAGAACUUUGGCCCCAACACCACCACCUUUGUCAUACCCGGUGAGGCAUUCCCAACAAGAUACCGAUCGACCGCCCACGGUAUCUCUGCCGCAAGUGGAAAACUUGGGGCUAUCCUUGCCCAGGUCGGAUUUGAUCGUCUCAAGGAUAUCGGCGGAAAGGGCAAGUUCGUGAAACACAUCUUGGAGAUUUUUGCACUCUUCAUGCUUACGGGUAUCGGCUCGACGCUGCUCCUCCCUGAGACCAAGGGCAAGUCACUCGAAGAGUUGUCGAACGAGCAUCAGGAAGGUUUCGUCAAAGCACCCGUCAAGAAGGCAGAAAUCAGAGAUGGAUUGGUUGUUCAGCAUUAAUUGGGCUAAAAGUUUUUUACGCUCGACGUUUCCUUUACUCUAAGAUCCCAUUUCCAUUGCGUCGAUGAAGUCAUGACAGCCUGUAUUUAUGAUUUGCACGAGUACUUGGGUUCCAUUUCUAGCUGUCAGCUUACUCUUUCCCUCCCCUUCUCAAUGCCAUCUGUUGGUGAUAUUUAUAUAUGUGCAUCUUUCAAUCUUUGGGUGGAAUAGUAUAACGGAUUCGCUCAAUGAGAUUCUCAUUUCGAAUGCCCCAGUCGCGGUCCAAGCAGUAGGAUUCACACUUGUACCUAGGAAUCAAUUGGGUCCUCGACCGUCAAAUUGAUAUUUUAAUGCCGGCAGACCGGGGC